AUGGGAAAGAAGGGAAGCUGGUUUUCGGCAAUCAAACGGGUUUUUACGCACAACACAAAGGAGAAGCCAUCCUAUGCUCCCGACAAGAAAAGCAGCAAGGAUAAUAAGAAAAAGGGCAAAAGCAUUCUGGGGCAUGGAGAAAGCAAGUCAUUCAUUCCCCUGUUUCGAGAACCGAGCAGCAUCGAGCAAAUACUUGGCGAAGCCGAUCAACUUCUGUUUACCCCUUUGCAUGACCCGAAAACGACACCUCCUUUCCUUUGGAACCAAACCUCUGUGGAAAUUGCUUCGCCUAAAUAUGCUCAUAAUAUAGCUUCCUCGCCUGCAGUUACGUCCCCUACAGUUUCUUCCAAUCGACACAACUUCCCAAAGAAAGCUCCUUCUCCCCAACCCAUUUUUCGAUCCGAUCCGAAUGAUGGUUUUUCGAAAACGGAUUCUUCAAAGGUUUCUCAAAGACGAAGGGAGAUUAGGUAUGGGCGGAGGUUGGAGCCGACACUUAAGUACCGACACCUUUCGGCUACAAUGAUACAGGCAGCAUAUAGAGGUUAUCUGGCAAGACGAAAUUUCAGGGCUUUGAGGGGUUUAGUGAGGCUUCAAGGGAUGGUAAGAAGUGAAAAUGUGAAGCGUCAGACGAUGAAUGCAAUGAAGCAAAUGCAGUUAUUGGUUAGGGUUCAAACCCAAAUUCAGUCACGGAGGAUACAGAUGUUAGAAAACCAUGCACUCUAUUGUACGAAGGAGAAAGAUGCCGAAAGUAAUCCGGGUAAAUGGCCCGCCAAUCAAUUUCGUGAUGCUGAAAAUAGUGAAGAUUGGGAUGACAGCAUGCUAACAAAAGAGGAAAUCGAAGCAAGAUUACGACAAAAAUUGGAGGCAGUCAUGAAACGGGAGAGAGCCAUGGCUUAUGCAUACUCUCACCAGUUGUGGAAAAGCAGCAACCCAAAAUCAGCACAAGAUCCUCUCGAAAAUCAACCCAAUAAUGGACUCCCUUGGUGGUGGAGCUGGUUAGAGCGUGAACUUCCUCCAACAAACACUCCCCAAAACCGAGCCUCUACGAAAAAGGUUGCUUUUACCCCUCCAAAGCCAAUCCCCGACCCCAACCCGAGCCCACUACACAAUAAAACCAAACAUUUUCAGACCACGCCGAUCAAGACUCCUUCGCCCGCUAAAGCCUCGGGUUUUACCAAACCAUACUCGAAACCGAGAACCGUAAUUAGUUAUUCUUCGCCCUACAAUGACUUCCUGUUGAAAGACGACGAUAGCCUCACGAGCUGUCCUCCAUUUUCGGUGCCGAGUUAUAUGGCGCCCACUGUGUCGGCUAAGGCAAAAACGAGGGCUACGAGCAAUCCCAAGGAGAGGCUUCAAGAGAAUAAUGUUGGCACGCCGGUUAAUGAUUCCAAGAGGAGGUUUUCGUUUUCUUUCACUCAUAAUAUUGGCUCUUUCAAGUGGAAUAAAGGGUCGUCUAAAAACGAACCCGCCUCUCGGAAAGUCGUUGGAUUCGAGAAAAGGUAUGCAGUUGGGGAUUUGAGCAUCGACUCGACUGUCUCGAUGCCGGCUUUCGGUGGUCGAAAACCGUUUAACAGAUUUGUGUGA